UAUUAUAUAUACGCUCUACAUUAUCAUACAUACACAUAUACCGCUGACUCUCUCCAAAAUUCUGGCCUAGGCACUACCUAAUGUAGGUUCGCUCUAAUGACUACGUUCAAUGGAAACGCCAGGGGAUUCAGCGAUAGUUAAACUCAUGCAGAGCUUGACGCUUUGACGGAGCAAGCGGAUCCGGCUGGUCAAUGCGACGCUUCUUGGCAGGAGAGGACAGAACCAUCGUCGGACCUGGUAAAAUGCUCAUAUUGUCAAUGUAAGCAACAUACACAUCCUCUUUCAAGGCUCCCUUCUUUAUGCACCAAUGACUGAGGUUGAACCUCACAUCAACUGUCACACCACAAAGACUCACUAUACAGUUUGGGGUACACGGGCUUAUCCUCAGAGUCAUAUAGAGGAAGAGAAUCGAUCCAGCAUUGCCUACCCCUAGUACUCAAUGAACCCAAGCUCGUAUCCACCACGACCACCGCCGCCUCCACCGCAGCAGUACGGAGGAGGUGGAUAUGGUGGAUAUGGUGGUGAUGCAGGUGCUUAUGGUGGAUAUGGUAGCGGCACUUAUGGAGGCGGUCGCUCUGCAUACGGAGUAGACUCUGGUGCACCUCGAGGUGGUCCACCGCCCAACUCUUAUGGCGGCUAUGGUGGUUAUGGAUCUGGCGGGGCUGCUUAUGGUGGUGGUAGCGGCGGAGGUUAUGGUGGCUAUGGGCAGGGAGGCAGCUACGGAGGCAGUGGCGGCGGCAGCGGCAGUUACGGUGGUGGCUCUGGAAGUUACGGCCAAUCCAUUAAUGGUUAUGGCGGUUACAGCAGUGGAGGCCGUGGAAGCGGCGGAUACUCAUCCAGAGGUCGGGGACGUGCUUGGUGAUAA